AUGGGUGAGAAACAGGCCGUGAAGGUCUGCUCGGGCCGGCCGUGAACUAAAGUCAAAACAAGCCUGGCUUAAAAGUCGAGCUCGGCUUGCGGAACGGUCUUACAUAGUAGACUCAAAUCAAAAAAAAUUUUAAUUGAGAGGUAACCGAGCCUCAAAUUUUUUUGACUGAGCCAAGCCGGCCUGAAAAAAAAAUAAAAACGGGCCGGGCUUACUUUAAGGCCCCUUCCGUCUAAGGCCGACGCGGCCCGUUUCAAGUUUAGCUCAAGGCCAGCCCGGUCCGAUCGUAAGGCUGGCCUAGACCAGGCCUACACGGCCUGUUUUUCAUUCCUACAUACGGGAGUUUCAAUGUACUUUUUACUUAUGUAUUUUCGAGUUUUGUGUGCUUUUGAUCCGAGUCGAUUCAAAGUCGUGCUCUUCCAGCAUCGAUUUCAAUUCCUUUGUUUUAGCUAUUUUUUGGUGGGGCGGGGCCGAAGUUUUUUGUUUGAGGACACAAAAAUGAGAAGGGCCAAGUCGAAGCUCGACUCCGCUCUCGGACAGUCAAUUCGGUUGUAAACGGAACAGCGUACAGUAAGUGUAACAAAACAACAUGUUCGUAUCUUCUUAUUCAUUUUAAAUUUGCAUAAAUGAUAGUAAAUGAUAGUUAUGAGUUUUAUGAAUAUGAUGACUUGAAUUCAUUAGGGAUAUAUCACCAUCUGAAACAUGAUUUACAUUUUUAUUGGGCGAUUUGAGGCUUUGAAUAGGGUAAUAACAUAAAGUAUGAUAGUAGGUGAUAGUAUGGGUUAAACAGUACCUAAAAUUUAAAAGUUAAGAUAAAUUUUUCAGUAUCAGCCUAAAAAUGUCAGCCAAAUCGGCCGAACUGGGCGACGGUUUUCAGCCCGAGACCAAACUCUACAAACGCAGAUACCUCAUGCUGAUCAUGUUCAUAUUACUGUCGGCUUCUAAUGCUUUACAAUGGAUUGAGUACUCUAUUAUUGCUCAUGUCUUCACCGAGUUCUAUGGAGUCAGUUACGACGCCAUCAACUGGACAUCCAUGAUAUACAUGUUGAUGUACAUGUUGUUGGUGUUUCCUGGAAGGUGGGUUACUGAGGAAGUGUUAAAGGGCUACUGUAAUGUAAAAUGAUUAGGAGUUUACUGAUAGUCAUGUCAAAUUUAAAUUAAAAUUUUAAAAUUUUGCAUACUUUUGAAUAUAUGCAAUUUGUCCAUAGUAAGAUCAAUUCCAAAAACCAGCUGGCAAUAAUGACGUUAUCAAAUCAAAUCCGAGAAAAUUUAAGAGUUUCUUGGCCAAAAUUAAUUGAUUUCUGAUUUAUGGCCAACUUCUCUUUACAAACCUCUAAUUUUAUGCCUUCAAAAUGGAUUUCUUUUAAUUUUAAAUUUAAUUUAUAUUUUUUUUAAAAUUAACUUAAUUUAAAUUAAGAAAUUUAUUUUUUGAAAAAAAACUUAAAUUUAAAUUUUUGAACAAAAAAUAUUUAUUUGCAAAAGUUUGCUAACAUAUUAUCUCUUGUUUACUUUGGUAUUAGAAGUUUUUUGAGGUAAAAAGUUCAAUCGCUACCUCGUUUUGUGAUUGUAUUUUUUUGUUAAAAUUUGAUUUUUAAAUCUGCCCCACUCAGAAUCAGAUCAAAAUUUUUAUACGAAUUUAUUGUACCACCAGUAGUACUUGUAAAAAAUUUGUGUUUGCGUUUUUUAGUUUUAAAUUUUAAAUAUGAGUUUCCCGCAAAUUUGGCAUCGUGUUUUAAGCACUUUUUUGAUUUUCAAGAGAAGGUACGUCUUAAAAUUUACAAAUUUCGCUUCAUUUGGAGGUUUUUUACUAGUGUACCUAAGAAAAAUAAUUAAAGGUAAAAAAUGGCAUAGUUCUAAGCUUGAAACACAAUACCAAUUGGGAGGGGAAUUCAAAAUGUAAUUUUUUGAUUUGUAUUUUCUCGAGAGAUUUUCUGGAAAGCGCGAUUUAUUACUUUUGCUGAAGAUCUUGUAUUUGUAUAUACAUCAUCUUUUUAUAUAAUAACUUUGAACUCAAUCAAAAAAAGGCAGGUCGGGCACUUUCCAUGUUAACUUUUUUGUACUUUUUUUAAAAAAAUUAUUUUGCACAAUUCACUUUCCAAUUAAAUGUUUGAUUUUUGAAUCAGGAACAUUGUUUUUAACUCUAAACUAGUUCAAAAGUUGAGAUAUCUAUUUACUCUUCGAUCAUUUGACUUGUUCUUUGUGUACACUGUUCACGCUGCAACGUACCGUGAAACAGUACACUUUGCACCUAUUUUAAAUUCUUGGAAUAAAAUUUAAAAUCUUUACAAAAAUAGCUUCAGGUACUCAAAUUACAGUAUGACUUUGUGGUAAAAUAACUUUUUUAUCUUUUUUUAUAAGUCUCUUGUAGUAUCAUGUGUUAAACUAAAACAACAAAUCGUAUUUUACCUCAAAACUUUGAAGUUUCUUCCCCUAAUCCUAUUGUUAUUUAACACGUUCUUGCAAACCUUUUGUUUUCCCACCGUUCCACGGCCGUUCUGUACUUUUUUGUAAGCCGACGGAUCGUUUGCGGAUUAGUAGGCACGCUUGUCAAAGGAGACGAGACCGAUUGUAAAGUUUGAAGGGCUUUUGUAAAUAAAGAAACUGCGCGAACAAACAAAAAUAUCAAAAGUAUCGAUUAAAGCGGCCCAAAAUUACAGCAAAUAAGUCCCGAGAGAGCCGAGUUUAGGCUUGAGACGAUGACAUAGACAAGAUAUUAUAGUGGAGGAAGAUGUACAGUAUUAAAAGAAAUACAGUAACUCAAGGUUUACAGUAAAAUAAAAUGGUUGAGUAAUAUAUUGUUGUUCAUGUAAUUCUGUGCCUCCUAACCCCAAAAAUUUGCUUUGACAUGGAGCACAUAAUUAUUUGAACAACCCAAUAUAAAGCAGUGCACAGUAAAGUUGUUAGUGUCAGAGGAAUAAGUAAAACAAAAAAAAUUUUGCCUUGUUUACUGUAUAUUAUAGACCAAUUACAGUACCAAAACCACAGUAAUAAAAACACAGUAUUGUAAUAAUAUAACUUAAAAUGUCAUUUUCAGUUGGUUCUUGGAAAAGUACGGGCUACGAAAAUCGGUGCUAAUUGGUGCUUUUGGUAACUGUUUUGGUGCUUGGCUUAAAAUAUUAUCAACACAUCCAGGUAUGUGAAAUACAGCUCUUUAUUUUUAGGUUUUGUCAAUUGAAAUUGGCAAAAAGCUUACCUUUACACUAAAACUUUACUAUAAUAUCUAUUUGUAUAUGUAUAGGUAGAUAUAUAUAUAUACAUAUAGAUAUGUAAAUUUAUGUAAAUAUAGGUUAUAAUAGGCUUUAAUAGGCCUUUAUCUCACAAUAUAAUUACCUUCAGACAAGUUCUGGCUGACCUUUGUUGGCCAAACCAUCGUCGGCUCUUCUCAAGUCUUCAUCCUUGGCAUUCCGCCUCAGCUCGCUGCCACUUGGUUCGGUCCCGAGCAAGUUAGUACCGCGUGUUCAGCUGGUGUUUUCGGUAACCAAUUAGGAAUUGCAUUGGGUUUCCUAAUUCCACCAUGGCUCGUGCACGAAGGAACGAAAGAGCAGGUGGCUUACGAUAUGAGUAUAUUGUUCUUGAUCUCGGCUGUUGUCAACACGUUCGUGUUUGUAUUAAUCGUGCUAUGUAAGUGGUUGUGAGCUUGGAAGAUGCUGUAGGGUCUGUGGAAGCUUUGGUAUUGUUUUUGAGGAUUUGCACUUGAUGUGUAGAUUAGUUUUGGCACGGAAAAGCUGGUUGAUGGCGAAAAUUUAGAAAAAAUAAAAACUUUUUAAUGAAAAAAAGUUGAAAACCCCUCAAUUCUAUUGAAAAACGGCAGGAUUAGUUGUUUUGAGGUGAAAAUAUAAAAGAAAAUUAAAUUAAAUUUUUAAAUUUUGCAGUUUUCAAGGAAAAGCCUAAACUACCUCCAAGCCUGGCACAGGCCCAAGCUCUUGAAGAGACAGUUGGCCACAGCUUUUGGGCUUCAAUUAAAGAGUUAUUGUUCAACCACAACUAUAUGUUACUGCUUAUUACAUAUGGUAUGUUAAACUUGAAGAAGUGCUUAAUAUAUUAUGGUAGAAAUACUUAUCAUAUUAUGUUACCUUUGAAAUUCCUUACCUUUUGUAAACAACUUUAAAGAUAACAUAAUCUAUUUUAUAGAAUUCUCCGAGCAAAGCCAAAUCAAUAUAAUUAACAUAUUUUAGUAUUAUAAGUACGAAUUUAGGUGUAAAAAAAUAAAAAGUAUGCUUUAUAGUGACAAUAUAUUAAUUUAGGUAUAAAUGUUGGCGUAUUUUACGCGGUGUCCACCUUGUUAAGUCAAAUGGUACUGUUUUAUCACGAAGGUGCUCAAGAAGAAACUGGUACUAUUGGUCUAUUGAUUGUUGUCGCAGGAAUGUUCGGCUCGGUUGUAGGAGGAUAUAUUCUUGACAGAACACACGAAUUCAAGUAGGUACUUUGUGAUCUUGAUAGGUUUCUGGUCCUUUAAAAUGAAACUAUUUGAAUUCUUUUUUUCCGCCAAUUUGGCAUUGUGUUCUUUUGGACUUCUUUGUCUCAAAACCCUGUCACGUUAUAUGAUUUUUGAUUGAAAAUGAUUCUUUUGGUUCCAGAGGUACUACCUUGGGAGUGUACAUCCUCUCUUUCCUGGGAAUGGUGCUCUUCACCUUCACCCUGCAUCUCGACCUAUGGAUAACAUUUGUUGUCGCGGCAGCUCUCGGGUUUUUUAUGACUGGCUAUCUACCGAUUGGCUUUGAAUUCGCGGCCGAAUUGACUUUCCCAACGCCUGAGGGUACCACUUCUGGCCUACUAAAUGGAUCAGCUCAAGUAUUUGGGGUUUUAAUGACAACUGGUGCUGGCAAAGUGAUAUACUCAAUGUCAAUUUGGUGGUGUAAUGUGCUGAUGAGCGGGUUUUUGCUGGUCGGUGUGAUACUUACUGGUAGGUUUUUGAUUGUUAAUAAUGAAAAAGAUAUUGUUUUAUAUUUUUAGUUCUUUUUAUAAGCAAAUAAUGUGGUUUUAAACGACAAAUUAAGCAGAAAUUCGAAAAAUCGGCAAAAGUUCAAAAAUUUUUCCGAAAUUUUAAAAUAUCAACGUAUUAUCAGCUUUAACUUGAUAUUGCACAACCUACAACGCAUGAUCAACUUUAACUUGUAAUUGCAAUCACAUUUGCAGCCUUGAUCAAGUCGGAUCUCCGCCGCCAACGCGCCCACCAGAAGCACAAGACCACAGUGCAGCAGUCGGAGCCGCUGUUGGCCCAAAAAAGCGACCAAUAA